CCGGGAAAUGUAGUUUAAUAGACCAUGUGCCUCAAGGGUCUCCGGAGAGACUGCUGAAGGACUCGCAGCCCCGCCUUCUUCCUCUAAAAGCAGCAAUUCUUGUCUUAGAUUUCCCAGACAGUUAUGUUAUUUUUCGUAAAAAUAUUUCCCCUUAAUUGCAGAGAUAUUACUUUUGUUCGAUGAGAGCAGUGCGCUCUGAACGGUCUCAGAGGCACUCUCAACUUUACUUUUUUUGCAUGAGAGUGAAAACAGGGGCCGUGUCUAAGAUCAAGGAUUUCGUUGGCCCAUUGUAAUAACCUGAAAGAAGAUGGGGAAAGGCUACAAAGUGGUGGUUUGUGGAAUGGCUUCCGUGGGGAAGACGGCCAUUUUGGAGCAAGUUCUCUAUGGUAAUCACACUGCUGGUGCAGAAUGCAGUGCAACCAUAGAAGAUGUGUAUGUGGCAUUGGCUGAAACGGAUCGAGGAGUAAAGGAACAGUUGCGUCUUUACGACACCAUGGGGGUGCAAGCAGGAGAGGAGGUCCCCAAGCAUUACUUCUCUGUCGCAGACGGCUUUGUUCUAGUGUAUGCUGUGAAUAGCCUGGAAUCCUUCAAAAGAACUAACUGGCUCAAAAAGGAGAUUGACAAGUUUAGAGACAAAAAAGAGCCCCCAGCUAAAUCCCGUCCUGCUCUCUGACCACAUCCUGCCUCCUGGACAGAUGCUCUGCCUUCAGAACAAUGGACACACAGGCCCACCGAGGCUUGAGUCCUGGAGCCUUGCAGCCAGCAGCAGCUCCUACCGCCCCCGAGGAAGGAGAGGCAAGAGAAAUGGCAGCAAGCUGUAUCAGGGGAGCGAUAACCUUUUACCUGCUUGUCGCCCUCUUCCAUAAUCAACAUAAUUUCAGUUUUCUGACAUUUUUAUAGAGCAGGGAAGGUGGCUAAAGGGCUUCCCUUGGUGAAUUCUGACUUUUAUACUGUGUUUAUGUAUAUGUUUAUGUAUAUGGAUAUUGUUUAUGUAUUUUGCUUUGUAAAUUAAUUUGAUACAUUUUUAUUGUACCUUGUGUAUUCUAUUGUAAACCACUUUGAGAUCUUUUAGAUAGUAAGUGGUCUAUCAAUGGAAAUCAUCAUCAUCAUCAUCAUCACCACACUAGAAGAACAGGAGGGCUAAUAGUAAUAUGCUGAUAAAAAAAUCAAGGUGCUUUAGAUGGGUAAUAUUCCAGGCCAAGUACCUCAGCUAACAGGGCUAAGAAAGACUUCUGCCUGAGGGACCAUUACAAGAAAAUAACUGUCAGCAGAAAGCAGGAGUAAGGAACCUCAAGCCAAGUGGCUGAAUGUGGCCCUCCAGGGACUCUCUAUCUGGCCUUCAAGACACUGCCCAGGCCACACCCCUCACUGGCCCUGCUCUGCACCAUCCUCUAGAGAUCUUACCUUGCUGGAAUGUUUCCUUAGACUGUGAUAAUGCUUGCCUGGAUGAGGAUGGAGAGUGGUGUAUGAAUGUGGUCCUUAGGCUGAAAAAGGUUCCUCACCACUAGCAUAGAGAGCAGUGAGUGAGAUGGGCCAUUGGUUUGACUCAGUAUGAUCUAUGAUUCUAUGAUUCUAGUAUACGGCAGCUCUUAUAUAAUUUUGUGCAAUGCUUCUCGCAUCAGAAUUCAAAACUCUUUUAUAGCACAUUUCAGCUUUAUGUGACUUAAACACUAAUACACCGACAUGACGUUUGGUUGUUUAGAGUCAAUAUGUAAGCAAUCAAGCAGAGGCUGGUUGAAGCAGUACCACAGAAUGCAAGUGAUCAAUGCAGCAAGCCGUGCUAUAAUGUAAUGUCUGCUAGGUGAAACAGUCAACAGGUGAAAGCUAUUUCAUAUUGUCCUCUGUAUGGCUAACUAAUAUACAGACUAGCCCUCUGUAGAUUUCACUUCUAGCAAAUGGCAAUUGCAUAUUUCAAGGAAGGGCUCAUGCCAAACUGGGAACCUGUGGCCCUGUUGUUGGACUACAGUCACCAUAAUCCCUUGGCCAUAUUGGCUGGGGCUGAUGGGAGUUUGAGCUCAACAGCAUUUGGAGAGCUACAGCUUCCUCAUCCCUGCUAAAGGUUUUGUGUCUUCUCAAUACAUUUGUCCACAACAUAAUUUGACAUUGAUGCAGUAUAGCAAAAAAAGGGUUGGACUUUGGGAUUGGAAAGACUGAAGUUCAAAUCCCUGCUGAGACAUGAAGCUCUUAGUCUAGGAAGAACAAUAACUAGCCCCAUAUAUGCCAUACUGAUUCCCUGGAAGAAGGUCCGAAGACAAAUGUGAAAAUUUCUACAUUUGCCUACAAAGAAAGCAUGACAGUUAAAUAUGUUUUUGGCUAGUAUUGCAGAGGUUGUCAACGCCCACUGUUGUAUGUCCUGGCAAUCUGUAGCAUAACUGUUUCUGUCUGUUUCAUUAAGGAAACACCACCACCCAAACCCAGCAUUCUUUAAGUCAUAAUUAGAACCUCAUGGAUUUUGUUGUUGGUUUGUAAAUUAGCAAAGAAAGAAAAAUAGCCUUCGGUUAUAAAGAGUUAGAAGUGCGCAAAAAAAUCACAAAGACUAAGGUACUUUGAAAACAGUUUUAAAGAAAGCAGAAUAUCCUUUAAACAUGCUUAGAUAUUAAACUAGGAAGCUUUCCAAGGAUGAAACUACAGUUUGUGUUUCACACUGGUAUCUUUAAAAAGUAUAUAAUUUUAGGGAAAUGUCUAUCAGCUUUUUCACAAGGAUUCAAACCUUUACGCCAGGAUACAAUUUCUUAUUGAGAACAUCCUCAUUAUGUUUAUUAACUGCCAUUUUAAACUGGAUGCUUAUGCCUACAAACAAGUACACAGAUCUGGCAUUAACAGCUGAUCUAGUUAUGCAAUAUUUAUAUUAGUCCAUUAUAGUUCAGAGCAUAUAUGGUUAUUGAAAUACAUAAUAUAGUAUUUGAUAAUUACUAGGUUCAGGAAUGUGUGUGAUAUAUUCAUUCAGAGAUUGGUCUUUCACAGCCCAAACCACUUCCUGUGUUGCUUGGAAGAAUUUGGUAACAUAUGCCUCUGAGCACUGGGUGGGUGGUCACAGGGAAGAGGGAAAACAUUGUUAACAGUAUCAUUAUUUUUCAGGGUUUCUCCUACCUUUUUAUUCCACAGCAGACACGUGUAGUCUCCCACCCUAGUUUAAACCAAAGCUGUCCCUGGCCACAUCCACACCAGACAUUUAUUCCACUUUAAACAGUCCUGGUUUCCCCCAAAGAAUUCAGCAAUUUCCAGAAAUGGAUUAGUUAUCAGUAAAAAAUAUUUGUAACUUGAUUGUGCUAAAUUCUCCCUCUAUCUGCCACCAUUUUAUGACUGACUAUCCCAUGCACCACCAUUUUGUCAUUGGUGGAACUCAGUAAUUUUCAGCAGUCUCAAGUGUGCUGUGGGGGUAGAAAGUUUGAGAACCCCUGCCAUGUAGGUGCCAUGGUCGUUAGAGCUGCUGGUCAAAAUGCUGGAUUUUGUAAAAUGACAACUGAAUUAGUUUUACUCACAUGGUCCAGUUGCAAACCAACUAAUAUUUAACUGUGUGAGCUCUCCAGCAUGCACAAUAGGCAAUGAAGUAUUUAUUAAAAUGUAUUGCCCAUCUUCCAAAUAUGUGU